AUGUCUUCACCCAGCGCGUCUUCGCGGUCGGGUAACCACCGCAGCAGCUCUUCGUCUGUGUCUGCUUUGUAUUCGACGCUGGUACCAUGUAUCGUGGUCUCUGGAAUCCUUGUGGGAGCUUUCUUGCUAUUGCGAGCAAAACAGAGGCGUCUAUACGCACCACGAACGUUCCACGAUGCGCUUUUCGAAGAUGAGAAGACUCCAUCCGCGGGUUCGAGCAAAUUCGGCUGGAUCAAGAAGUUCAUGCAUAUCAGUGAUGAAUACGUCCUCAACCACCACUCCCUCGAUGCCUACCUCUACAUGCGCUUCCUCAAGGUGCUUACACUCAUGGCCUUUGUCGGUGCUAUCAUCACUUGGCCUGUGCUAUUCCCUGUCAAUGCCACUGGCGGAGGUGGUGAAUCUGGCCUGGACAUCAUCAGCUUUUCCAAUGUUGAAAACGACGUUCGCUACUUUGCCCAUGCGCUCAUGGCCUGGGUCUUCUUCGGCUGGGUCUUGUUCCUAAUCGGAAGGGAGAUGUUAUACCUUGUCAAGGUGCGAAAGGCCUACCUAUUGUCCACCUGGAAUGCGAGUCGUAUUUCGCAACGAACGGUCCUCUUCACCGACGUACCGGAGAAGGAUCUAUCUCUCGAGAGUUUACACACCGCGUUCCCGCAAGUCGCGCAGAUCUGGUUGGUACCUGACGUCAACGACCUAGAAGAUGACGUUGAAGAACUCGAAGAGAAUGUACCCAAGCUGGAGGCCAGCGAGAUCAAGUUCAUGUCAGCUGUCACUAAGCAGCAGCAGAAGAAGGGCAGCGAGAAGAACGCGACCUACGACAAGGCAUUGCGACCGACGCACAAGCUGAAGCCCCUCAUUGGACACAAGGUCGACUCCAUUGGCUACUACCGGAACCAGAUCAAGGAGCUGCUACCCAAGAUCCAAUCGGCUCAACAGUCCCAUCUCGCUGGCCGGGAGAAGCUUGCUAGUGCUGUCUUCAUCGAAUUCGAUACCAUGGCCGCCGCCGAAGCCGCUUUCAACGAACACCAACAUCGCAGACCAGCAAGCUUUGAAUCCCGCCAGAUGGGUGUCUUACCUGAUGAGAUUGUCUGGAAGAACCUCGGCAUGGGCUCUAAGAACAGAAAACUCCGCCAUAUCCUUGCGAAUAUCUUCAUUGCGCUUCUGAUUAUGUUCUGGGCCAUUCCUGUUGCGAUUGUUGGUAUCAUCAGCAACGUCAACUAUCUUACAGAGAACGUGCCGUUCUUGGCAUGGAUUGACUCCAUUCCUGGACCUAUCCUUGGUGUAGUCACUGGACUUUUGCCUACCAUUCUUCUCGCUAUACUGAUGGCAUUGGUGCCUAUUAUCUGCCGCUUCGUCGCCAAACUUGCAGGAGCAGUAACUCUGUCCGAAGUCGAGCAGCAGACCCAAACCUGGUACUUUGCAUUCCAAGUCAUUCAAGUCUUCCUCAUCACGACUUUCACCUCCAGCGCCACCGCCGUCGCCAGCCAAAUCGUUAGCAAUCCGGCAUCGGCUGUCUCACUACUGUCGAAGAAUCUUCCCAAGGCUUCCAACUUCUAUAUCUCGUACUUCAUUCUGUAUGGACUUGCCAACGCUGCAAGGUACCUUUUCAACCUGAUGGGACUGGUGGGCGUGUUCAUCCUGAGCAAGUUCGCCAAAACACCGAGAAAGAAGUACAUGCGCUACGUGUCUUUCACGGAGCCAUCUUGGGGAGCGGAGUACCCGAAGUGGACCAACUUGGGCGUCAUCGCGAUAUCAUACGCCUGCAUCGCGCCACUCGUUUUGGGCUUCGCGACACUCGGUAUCGGGUUCAUCUACUUGGCCUACCGUUACAACAUGAUCUACGUCCACGACACCCACGUUGACACCAAGGGUGGCUUCUAUGCUCGCGCGCUAGAGCAGCUCAUGGUGGGUGUCUACCUUGGAGAGCUUUGUCUCUUGGGUCUCUUCGGUAUCGGCAUCGGCAACAGUGUCACAUCUGCUGGUCCUACGGUGCUCCAGAUAGUGCUGAUCGUAGCAACCAUCAUCUUCCACGUCAUGAUGAAGCGCAAGAUCAAGCAGAUGAACUUGCUCGAUGACUCGAACCACCCUCAACAGCACAACGACGCUGAAAGACAUUCGGAAGGUAAUGGCAUGCACCCUGGGUACAACAACGUCAAACGCUCGCGCGAGGACAGCAGGCGAUCUGAGCAAGCUCUUGUGUCUGGCUACAGAGAGGAAAGCCGCCAGUACGCCGGUGAGCAAGGUGCUGGCAUGGCUCCUCCGUCGAACGCCCCGCCACAACGAUCUCUACUCAAGAAGAUGUUCUCCCCGCAUACACUUUCCGUCAGCGAGAUCUCCUCCUCUUUGAUCACACGCUUCCGCCAUCCUGUACCAGCCUACACUCAGCAGGACGUUCUCGAAGCCUACCUACACCCCGCUUUGGCGCAACGCGAAGAAGUCAUCUGGCUCGCGAGAGAUCAGGCUGGCGUCAGCAAGAACGAGGUUGCGGAGCUGACUGAGAGUUUGGGAAGCUAUGGCGUCGAGGUCACGGAUGAGGGCGCAAUAAUGAAUGAGAAGGGCAAGGUCGAGUGGGACGACAACAGCGUGAGGCAAGCGCCUCUUUGGGAUCAUAAGGUUGUUUAUUAG